AUGAUUCAUAAAAUACAAAAGAAGAAGAAGUUUUGCAGCUUUGAUCUGACCUGGAUUGAAUGGAUUUGCAGCAAUGAGAGGUUGUCUUCAAGGUAAGGACGAAUGAAGAUGGAGAAGAUAUGAAAAGAGGCUUCCUUUUUGGAUUUUCGUUGAGCCGGAAGGGAACGAUGCUGUCGGCGACCGCCACCCAUCUCCUCCGAUCACCACCACCGAAUCCUCUCUCCCGUUCUCUACCCCAUCGUCGCCCUCCGUCAUUGCUUCGAUCUCCCUCCGCGGCGGGUACUAAUGGCGUCGGCGCCGUCGGCUCUUACAAAACUCCUAAACCCCAGCGCGAUUUGCUGCGUGAAUGGGUCUCGGAAAAUGAUGGUUUUGUUCGGGUCCUACCUAUCUACGUCGGUGGAUUCUCCUUGCUCGCUGUCCUUCUCAAUCGCUCCUUUUCCGACAUCCCACCCGUCGCUGAUGCUUCCAGUUCACAGUCAAGGGCAGACAUUUUAUCCCUUGCUUUGGCAGUAACUAAUAUUCUGGCUGGCCUAGUAUGGUUGUCAAUUCGACCAAAGAAUAUUUCUCCGGUGAGCCUCACAUGCUGCAGGUUGUUCUUCGUGGUGUACAAUGUCGGCGGUUAAACCCUCUGAUUUCUGAACGUGCAGUUCUUGAAAUGCUAUGGGCCUGGGACUCUUUCAGCUGUGACUUGUUGCAGAUCUUUAGUUGUUGUGUAUGAUAGGAGUUGUGUGCUUCAAAUUGGUGUUGCGGCUGAAUUCCCCUUAGAAGAUUGUGAUGCAAUGGAUGUUGAUGUGAAGAAACUACUUAAAGGUUCACUUUGCAGAAGUGCCAUGGAAUCUCAAAAGCUUAUGAGUUUUGCCAGUAUUUGUUCUUGAUUAUAGUGAUAUUUGUAGAUGGAUUCCCAAUAUUUUUCUUUCAAAAGCACUGGGACCUAGUCAAAGAUUCUCUGAUUUCCCUUUGUAAUGAUUUUUUUGACAGGAAAGCCAACCUUGAGCGCAUCAA